CCGUGUUUGCUCGGCCCCUCCGGCCAUUGGGCUCAGGCUCCUGCCGGGACAAGGGGCGCUGGCUCAGCACAUACCGGGAGCCAGGUCACAUCCUGACCCUGCAGUGAUGGAGCCUGGCGACGGCUCGGAGGAGCCCGCUCUGCCUCUGGCGCUGGCGAGGUUUCAGCUCUCCGAGGAGUACGGCUCCCUGCUUCCCGAGCCUCUGACAGAGCUGCCGGCGCCCUAUGGUCCAUGGAUGGAGAUUGCCCACAACCUGCCUCAGCUGAUCACGAGCCAUCAGCUCCGCUCACGAGUUCACCAGAUGCCACAGCUGAGCACCCGGCACCUCCGAGGGCGCGAGGAGCUGCACUUGGCGCAUCUGGUGCUCAGCUUCAUCACCAUGGGCUACAUCUGGCAGGAGGGCGAGGAGGGCACCGUGAAGGUCCUGCCCCGAAACCUUGCUGUCCCCUUCUGGGAGGUCUCACAGGCCCUGGGCCUCCCACCCAUCCUCAGCCACGCGGACUUUGUGUUGGCCAACUGGAGGAGGAAGAACCCCAAUGGGCCUCUGGAAAUCAACAACCUGGACACCAUCAUCUCGCUGCCUGGGGGAGAGAGCCUGCGAGGCUUCAUCCUCGUCACCCUCCUGGUUGAGAAGGCGGCUGUGCCAGGGUUUAAGGCAAUUGUUGAGGCUGUUCGUGCCAUCCUGCAGCUGGAUGAGGAGACCCUGUGCAGAGCACUGCAGGAGCUGACAGAGGCCAUCCGGGACAUGAGCAAGGCUUUGAAACAGAUGCAUGACUACGUGGAUCCAGCAGUGUUCUACGCUGUGAUCCGCAUCUUUCUCUCCGGCUGGAAGGAUAACCCGGCCAUGCCGGAUGGGCUGAUAUACGAAGGGGUAUCCGAUGAGCCCAUGGAGUACUCAGGAGGGAGCGCAGCGCAGAGCACCAUCCUUCACGCCUUUGAUGAGCUCCUGGGCAUUCGCCACAGCAAGGAGAGUGCUGCUUUCCUGCACAGGAUGAGGGAUUACAUGCCCCCGCCACACAGAGCUUUUGUGGAGGAGAUCCGCCGUGCCCCAUCACUGAAGCAGCACGUGCUCUCUUCCAGAGACACGCGGCUCCACAAGGCUUUCAACCAGUGUGUGUCUGCGCUGGCAGACUUCAGGUCCUACCACAUCACCGUCGUCACCAAGUACAUCACCAUCGCAGCAACCAAGGCCAAGGCUGGGCAGGCAGAGCCGGGCGGCAAGUCUGGUUCCUCCAUGGGGAAGCCGCCGUCCGCGCUGGAAGCCAAAGGGACCGGCGGGUCCCACAUCUUCAGCUUCCUGAAGAGCAUCAGGGACACCACCAGGGAAGGGAUGAUAAAUGCCUGACUGGCCAUAGGGUUUGCACUGUGCAGGAGGCCACACAGCUCCGGUGCGUGUCUGCAGUGCGUGAGCCAAAAUCCAACCACAGGGACCUUCACCCAAACUGCCUCCAGCAGCACCCUUCCUGCUCAUGCACGUCUGGGACAUGUGGGACAUGCUUUGGGCUGUUGAUUGAGGAAAGCACCACUGUUGGGAACCCCCAAAAGGCACGCAGUGAUUGCAGCGUGCUUCCACAGCACUGCAAUGGGCACAGCAUCCU